GCCUCCCGGCGCAGACCCGUUGGGGCCCGACGCGGCGUCAUGGCGCGUGUCCUCCGAGCCCUUUGGGCCUUGCCCUUGCGAGCUGCGCCCGGGCGAUCUGUUUGGGGCCGAGCUGCAGGCUGCAGCCUGAGCUCAAGAGCCAGGCCCAGAGACGCAGGGUCCCUCACCAAGCCCGAGCGAGCACUGUCUGAGAGUGAAUGGCGGAAGAAGCUGACUCCAGAGCAGUUUUAUGUCACGAGAGAAAAAGGGACUGAACCGCCUUUCAGUGGGAGCUACCUGGAUAACAAGGAACCAGGAAUGUAUCACUGUGUGUGCUGUGAUAGCCCACUCUUCAGCUCGGAGAAGAAGUUCUGCUCAGGCUCGGGCUGGCCCUCCUUCUCCGAGGCACACGGCGCUGCUGGCUCUGAUGAGACUAACGCGGGGGUCCUGCGGCGGCUAGACACCUCCUUGGGCCUGGCUCGCACCGAGGUGGUCUGCAAGCAGUGUGAAGCCCACCUGGGCCACGUGUUCCCUGAUGGACCCGGGCCUACUGGUCAGCGAUUCUGUAUCAACAGCGUGGCACUGCGCUUCAAACCAGCCCAGCGCUGAUGCCUUGAGCUUCUUCCCUGGCCCUGCCUUCCGCCUUAAUUUCCACGUCAGUGACUUGUUCAUAAUUUCCACGUCAAUGAUAGUUCACUAUUCAAGAAGGCUGAGUUUGCCGCCAGCACCCAGUUCCUGAAUUUAUUUACCCCAAAUCAACUCAGUCCUGCCUCUAGCUUCCUUUGACAGAAAUUUCACAGGAUGAAGCUGCUCUUAACAUCAGAAUUGACUUCUGUAGGCAUUUCUGGGAAGCAGAGGGCGUGGGAUGUCAGAGCACAUUAGUGGAUUCAUAGGAGGUGGGGG